UUUCCGCCAGAACGAGCCCAAGUCAGCACGAGAGAGGACGCGCUUCCCGUUCAGAGCCGAGAGAGGAACCGGACACACGAGCUGCCAACCCCGCAGAGAGCCAAGCGUUCCUACCCCGAACCAACCAACUCUGAAUUCUCACUAAAUAUGUCUAAUAUCGUUUGUUGUCAAGCGCCUCAGGUUAUAAUGUAUGACCAACACAGAAUAAGUACAACUCUAUAGCCAACGGGAUACCGAGGACUUGAUUACAGUCGCUUCAAGCCUGAUAGUUUGUCCGUGCGGCUGCUCCCCCUCUCCCUGCUGAUCACACCAGUGUUGUCAACUGGCAUUUCUUCUAUUCCAAUCCCUCUCCGCGGGUGAAGACGACUUGGUUCCACUCGCAGUCUGCUUUGCCUACCUUUGGUUCCUGUUCUACUCUCCGCAGUAGUGCUUCCCUGGAUUUGCAUAAUUCUCUAUUAGGUACACAAUCAAAUUCACCAAGAUGAUUCCAAACGGUUAUUUGAUCUUUGAGGAUGAGAGUUUCCUGGAUUCCACCGUGGCCAAAAUGAACGCUCUGAGAAAGAGUGGUCAGUUCUGUGAUGUCAGACUUCAGGUGUGUGGUCAUGAGCUGAUGGCUCACCGUGCAGUUCUGGCUUGCUGCAGUCCCUACCUGUUUGAGAUCUUUAAUAGUGACAUUGAGUCUCAUGGAGUAUCACAUGUCACUUUUGAGGACUUGGACCCAGCGGCUGUAGAGAUCUUGCUCAACUAUGCCUACACUGCCCAACUUAAGGCGGACAAAGAUCUGGUCAAGGAAGUUUAUUCUGCAGCCAAACGGUUCAAGAUGGAGCGAGUCAAACAGAUUUGUGGGGACUACCUGUUGUCUAAGAUGGAUUCCCAGAAUGCCAUUUCCUUCCGGAACUUUGCCAGCUCUAUGGGAGAUGGCAGAGUUUUGGCCAAGGUGGACGCUUUCAUCCAAGACCAUCUGUUGGAAGUGUCUGAACAAGAGGACUUCCUCAAACUUCCCCGCCUCAAGUUAGAAGUAAUGCUAGAAGACAACCUGACCCUGCCCAGCAAUGGCAAGCUCUACUCGAAGGUGCUGAACUGGGUGCAGCGAAGCCUGUGGGAGAAUGGAGACCAACUGGAACGACUGAUGGAGGAGGUGCAAAUGCUGUACUACUCACCUGACCAUAAGCUGGUGGAUGGAGGGCUGGUGAUUGAGGGGCACAGUGAGGUGUUUGGUAGCGAGGAGGACCAACUUCAGUUUGUGCAGAAGAAACCGGUACGAGAGAGCACCCAGAGACCGAUGAGCUGCAGCUCCUCAGGAAGCCUGUCGCCCUCCAACCAAGCAGCUAACGCCCCCAAACCGACGAUCAGGAGAGAGUGGAAGUACAUCGCCUCGGAGAAGACCACAAACAACACCUACCUGUGUCUGGCUGUGCUGGACAGCGUGCUGUGUGUGAUCUUCUUGCACGGUCGCAGCAGCCCUCAGACCUCUCCCUCUGCCACCCCCUGUCUGAUGAAGAGCCUCAGCUUCGAGGCCCAGCCCGAGGAGCUGGAGGAGCAGCCGCUCUCACCCAUGCAUUAUGCUCGCUCGGGCCUGGGCACCGCAGCUCUGAAUGGAAGAUUCAUCGCAGCAGGAGGCUACAACAGAGAGGAGUGUCUGAGGACUGUUGAGUGUUACAACCCCAAAGAGGACUGCUGGACCUUCAUCGCUCCUAUGCGGACUCCGAGGGCUCGAUUCCAGAUGGCUGUACUCAUGGGUCAACUGUAUGUGAUUGGAGGUUCCAAUGGACAUUCUGACGAGCUGAGCUCUGGGGAGACGUACGACCCACACGCUGAUGAGUGGGUUCAGGUGCCAGAACUGAGGACCAACCGCUGCAACGCAGGUGUCUGCUCCUUGAACAACAAACUCUAUGUUGUGGGAGGGUCGGACCCCUGCGGGCAGAAGGGCCUGAAGAACUGUGAUGCAUUUGAUCCUGUGACCAAGACCUGGUCCAACUGUGCCUCCCUAAACAUCAGGAGGCACCAGGCAGCAGUGUGUGAGCUGGAGGGCUUCAUGUAUGUGAUUGGUGGAGCAGAGUCGUGGAACUGCCUGAACACUGUGGAACGCUACAACCCCGAGAACAACACCUGGACCCUGAUAGCCCCCAUGAAUGUGGCUCGCAGGGGAGCUGCCGUUGCCGUCCAUGAAGGCAAACUGUUUGUCAUUGGCGGCUUCGAUGGCUCUCACGCGCUCCGCUGCGUGGAGGUGUACGACCCCUCGCACAACGAGUGGAGGAUGCUGGGUAGCAUGACAUGCUCGCGCAGCAACGCCGGGGUGGCCAUCCUCGGCGAAACCAUCUACGCCGUGGGCGGCUUCAACGGCAACGAGUUCCUCAACUCGAUGGAGGUGUACAACCUGGAUACGGACGAGUGGAACGACUGCGCCCAGACCCCGACUCCCCUCUCCGAGUGAGGAUGGCGACGGGGGGAGGGAGAACGGGGUUGGAGGGUUUCACAGUGCUUCACCUUUUCCCAAACUAACAGCUUAGUGACGUAAUCGUGUUUCGUGAUGUUCUGUGUGUGUAUGAUGGAUGGGUCGGGGGGUGGGGGGUCU